AUGGAUACAAAAAUAGCUACAUUAUCCAAUCAACGAAAAACGGAUUGGGACGAGCAACUGCCAUUUGUUACAUUUAAUUAUAAUGCCACCGUUCAUUCAAUCACCAAACAAAUCCCGUUUGAAAUGGUAUUUGGCAGAUCACUAAAGUUACCAUUUGAUAGGCAAUCAGGAGUAGUCUCGCUCGAACAACAUCCAGAGCACAUCACAAAAUUAAAACAAUAUAUAUCAUCAUUAGAAAACGAAGCCAAGAAGAACAUCAUAAAAACUCAACAACAAUCAAAAAAACGUUACGAUUUACAUCGAUCGAAUCCAGUAUACAACUUAGGUGAUUUGGUUCUGGUCAAAACAAUAAAUAAUAGACGAAAAUUUGAUGUUCCCCAUGAAGAUAUACUAUUUUUGCUAUUAUUCUCAUUAUUACUUCUCUACUCUCGUUAUAUUAUUCACAGCAUGAAUCGACAUCCACCAUCUAGAUGUCAUCAACAUCGGGAUAUAUCACCUAGAUAUCGUCAGUUAUCAAAUCCAACAUCAGGCCAUCAACGAACAUCUAAUUCAAUAUUCGAACAUCAGUCAUCCUCAAGAUCAUUACCGAAACAUCGACAUGAAAUACAACAACCACAAACAGCAAAACAACGAAGAAACGCGCGUCAACGCCAACGACGAGAAAAUUAA